CUAAAAUUCAAGUUUCAUGUAUAAUUAGUCAGACAAUAGCCUGAGAACUACAAAUCAUGCAUCGGCUUUAAAGUAUGAUUAAAACUACUAUAAUCCAUCACCCACUUAGUGUUUCUGCAAAAUUGAUCAAAUUCAUGUCAGAUGGAGGCAAUUUUCAGACUCUCUAUGAAGGCGUACUGCCACGAAUAUAUUGGUUUUUCAAGCAUGGCCGAGCCCGAGAUUUCAUUUGUUUGCAAUAUCGGUCCAAGAAAAGAUUUGUCCCCCAACAUUCCAAUGCAAAGCAACUGGCGUGCAAUUAGAAUAUACCACUCCUGGAUUACUGGAACCUACCGGGGUAGUCCCGAUUCACACCAAACCUAUACUGAUAUAUUAACCCUUGCAAACAGCGAAAUUGUUGUGGUACUCCCUAAAUUCUUGUAUUAUAGGAAAAUGUAUAUGGAGAAGCUGGCUAAAGAAUUUGCUGAUAUCAGAGUUCCAGAAUCUAUGAUACCAGAUAUUGUUGAUCGAGUAUUUGAGGAGGUUGAACUGUCUGAAAACCCCGACUGGCCUAUUGAGUGCGACAUGACGUUUAAGUUCUUGUAUCCUGAACUAAGGGAUGUGGCCUCUCUUUUAGAAUCUUCUGAGAAAGUGGGAAUUGAUAGUUUGGAAUAUGUUGAUAGACAACAACUGUGUGUCAUUUGUAGGGAGAGCCUUGAUCACUCUGAAGGUGUAGAAGAAGAGAUUGACUUUGUUCAACUGAUUCGCUUGCCCUGCUCACAUCUUUAUCACAAAAGAUGCAUUUUUCAAUGCCUGGAGAUGAUUGACUUCUGUCCCGUGUGCCGAUACUCAUUGUCGGAUGCGGAACAUUCAUUUGCAGAUGUGGAACAUUCAUUUACAGAUGUGGAACGGUCAUUGCCAGUUGCGGAACAUUCAUUUGCAGAUGUGGAAUAUUCAUUUGCAAAUGUGGAACAAUCAUUGCCAGUUGUGGAACAAGUAGCCAAGCCAUCAGAACCAUUAUGGCGGCAGCAGCGUUUACCUAUGCUGCUUAUAGCAUCUGCGGGUGGUAUAUUAAGUGUUGUGCUGGUAUUUAGAUUAUUGAAGCAAAACCAAGUGUGAAAUUAUCAGUGAAUUAGUAAUCUCAUCAAAAACAUAAGACAUUGAAUAACUUGUUGUGUUGUAUUAGAUCCCUUUAUUUCGUUUUCUUUUUCUGUUUUUGCAUGUAAUUCGGAUUAUGCACUGUUUGUAUAAUGUCAUUUAUGUGAAGUUGAAAUGAAUAACAAUAGCAAGCUCUUGUUAUGUAUUGUUCAAGACAGCAAUUCCCUGUUACUGUAUGAACGCAUAUAUUUUUUGAUGGAAUUCAGUAUUUCUCAAUGAA